AGAGGGUGGUGUUAUUUAUUCGCUGAUUGCGCUCACUUGGCGCUAAAUCGGAGCAAAGCGGAGCACUCGCGCGGUACCUCGUCGCUCGUGUACCCCGCAGCGCGUGUUUUAAUUUAAUACUGUCUGCUUGACUUGACCUAUCGGUGAAUGCGCGAGCGUGGAGUUGUUACAUAAAUACUAAAAGUGUUAAUUGUAAAAGAGAACGCGUCGUCAUGGGUACCGUGUGUUGUGCCCCGCGGGUGUAAAGUUCGAAUUGCGCUCAACGGACGAGGGGGAUAAAGAAAGGCAAGCGACUGAGAAAAGACUGAGGAUACACGACAGAGCGUGUUGGCUAGACCGCGAGGCGAAGUCUCGUCGUGGAGAAACACGAGGGAGAAACGAAGCCUUGAAGGGACGGGAAAGAUAAAGGCGCAUGGAGAGACGAUAAUGCGGAGCCGUUGCUUCCGUCUUCAGCGACAGGACGACGUUCGAAUCCGCUCCUAAUCGAGCGAGAAGAUUUAACGGUCAGAAAUGAUGCGAAGAAAAAUAUUUAUCUUUGUAUUAGGAAUAUGCAUAGGCACUUCGCUGCUACUCUUUGACAAUGCGGUGGCGGAAGUUACGGAAGUGUCGAUUACAUCAGAGAAAUCUGAGUCCCAAAAAGCGUCGACUCCCCGAGGAUCUACGACAAUCUUAACAAAAGUUUUCUCGAUCCAUCAAAAUCGAUCGUUUACAGAAAACGAUGGAAGAAAUAUCGAAUUAACGAAUCGAAAAACUCAUGACGCAGAAAAUAGAUCACCCGACAGUAUUACCGGUAAUGCGAAUCAAGAUGAAAAAAAAGAUAUACUGAUACAUGCGAAUUCAAACGCAGGAAAAACAAGCGAUGAAUCUGAAAAUUCAUCGUUGGAUGGAAGCAGGAAACCGAGGUACGGAGAAAUUGCUGUUGAAAGCUCCGGAAAAAGCACCAGUACGAAAGUCGUUUCUGAAGAUUUUCUCAGACUUUCCCGGAAGAACGAACUGACUGCGGCGACCGCGAAACCAGCUUUCGAUGAUUCGAAGCAGGACAGUAAAAAUCUAGAGAAUGUAUCUCUUCAAGAAUCCUUCAACCAUGAAAAAAUAUCCGAUACGACGAAGACCACAUCUCCAAAUACAAAAGAAAAUAUUAUUAACGAAAAAUUAAUCGCAAACAUGGAGAUAUCAGAAUCUAAAGAGGUAAGGAAGGAGCCUUCCGUCAAGUAUGAAGAGAAGAACGCAACUGUGGAUAAACAAGACAUACCGACCUUCAAGCCAACCGCAAAUUUCCUUUCGACAACCUCGAAAUCGAUAUUUGAUGACGCUAUUAAAUCCGACGAAAAGAAGGACAAAAUGAUAAAACUUGAUCAUAAGGAAGUCGUUUCGAGAAAGGACAAAAAUACAAUUUUAACUGACUUAAAGGAGGAAGUAGAGGAUCAUGAUCGGGAAUCAACAACGGUGCGCUGCGAAAAGUCCUUAGAACUGAAAAAAAGUGUGAACGAUGUAGGAACGACGGCAUCCGAAGCGUUCGAUCUCGAGAAGAUCGAUGAGAAGGAACACGAAGAAAGUGUCUCAUUAGUUAAUGACACGCAUGUAAACUUCAAUAAUUUUUACAAGACUGUGACGGAAAAAGAUCUCAAAACUAGCCCAGAAAAUCGUUCGAUUGACGCGAAUGAAUCGCGUAAGAAAGGUGAUCCGAAGGAAGAAGUGGAGAUAGUUAAGAACGUGACUGACCUGUCGGUACUAAGGAUUAUAACUACGAAUGAUACUACGAAGAAUGAUUCUUUUAAUGAACUGAAUAAUCAGGAAGAAGUUUACGUUAAGAAGAAAGGGGAGAUUAACGCGAAAGAUAAAAAUGAUAGUUCUGAACAAAACAUGGACUUCUCUAUUUCUAAUACAACUAUUAAGAGGAUAGAUAGUGUGGAAGAAUGGAAAUCAAUAGGGGAUCCCGAGAGCCAAGUGAAAUUGCCCGAAACAACUCAAAGCGUGCGACUUGAAGAACGUACGUCAUCCGUCCCAGAAACCACUCCUAGUCUAGUUCCACAAGGCAGAACUAUCGGGUUUUCCGGAGCUAACAAGUUUCCGAAUAACGAGGUGAAAACUACAGCCUCAAUGAGGACUGAUGGGGAAACAUUGAUCACUCAGAGCUUGCAAAGCAGCACGGAAAAAAUAGAUCAAAAACCUUAUCCGUAUCUAAAAUCCAGUAGAGUAUCAUUCCAGAAGCCAGUAACAGAGGCUAAUAUGAAAUUGAAAAAGGAAGACGGCGAUGUUAUGGAAGAAUCUUCCGCUUACGAGAAUACGAUCGGAAGAGGCGAAUCCGAGAAGAAGCUCGUUGUCACAGAACCUUCAGUUGUGAUCGAGAAUAGCAUUCAACAGCACAAGCCGAACAAGAAAAAUGAGUCCACGAAUUCUACGACAAAGAGUUUCUCCUCUUUGAUGCCAGUGACGGCAGUCUCGAGUGUUUCGGCUAAAGUUGAACCAAUGAACGAAACUUUUCCGGAAGGAUUUAAUAGCAGCGCAAGAGCCAAUGAGGAAAUGAAACGAUCGAAGUCAAACGAAAAUAAUACGUCAGGUGUGAAAGAGGAGGAGAAAGUGAUUGUAAGCAGAGACGAAGGCUACGACGUGACUGGAAAUGGAAUAACGGAAGUGAGCCUGACUCCGGAUGGCAAAGAAGUGAAAUCACAUUUCAGCGGAACAACGGAAUUGUCAACGUUACGUUCCACAGAAACACAUGCAUCUAAGACGGUGUCUUUGAAUACCGAUGUUCAGAUGGAACCGGAAGAAGCUAUGAUGAUUCGUUCAACUUUUGUCGUUACCGAAUCCACGAGUGUCAUUCCCUUGGACAAAAAUGCGACGACAGAAGCGAGUAAGUUCAAAACUUCGAUGACGGCAGCGGAAGUCAAUACUAUCGCCACGGUGCUUCUCGAGAAUUCUACGGAAUCUGCGUCGAAAACGAACGUCACGCUGCGACCGUUAUCUUCGAGUGUCAAUCAUACCACUGAAACUCCUCCUUUUGUCACUUUAAAUCCCGACGAAUUCCCAAUUCCAACGACUACAUCUAUCGAAUUUGAAUUUGUUAGUCUUACGGAAGCGAUCUCUUCGGAAAGAAAUAACGUGACCGAGAAGAGUAUCGAAGGGCAAACUUUUGAGGAACAAACGAUACCUUAUAGGACAGCGACAAUCCAAAAUUCGUCCGCGACGGACAAUUCAACGGAGAACAUGAUUACUGCGAUGAAACCAGAGGAAUUUACCGAACUUCCUGUGACGAUCGAAGACGGAACUCCAACGACGGAUCAAGUGUCGAAUAUGCAUCACAACGAAACUAUCAGAGGUCCGACAAUUACUCAGAGCACUACUGAGAGUCAAAAUAAUCGAACGGAGAUGAACGAAGUUACUAUAAGCGUUAUCGAUUUUACUACCGCUGUCGGCAAUGACACAAGAGCCUCCGGCGUUACCGAGAACCCUUCAAAAUCUAAGGAUUCAAGUUUUGAUGCGAACAUCACCGAAACGUCCGCCUCAGGCGCGACGGAACUUCCAUCGAAUACAAGCGUCAGGACAACGAUAAAUGUCACAAAGGGCCUUUCGGCUACAACUACUUUGGAGCCAAUAAUAUUCAGUACAAUGAGUACAAUGAGUUUUACGGAAUCUUCCGAAGAAGAGAUAACGGAAAAUAUUCAAACUCCGUCGCCGGAUGAGAUCACGUUAUUAGUUAAAAUAAUCAUUGAAGGUACCUUACACGAGGUCUGUCCUCGGUUGUCGAAUCUAAGGAAAGCGCUCGCGGAUUUUCUCAGGGAUGGACUGAACAAGCCUGUACAGCCGAAACAAAUUGUGAUUCAUCAAAACCCUUGCCAGGAGCAGAAUGUGUCACCGACAUCCAUAGACGUUUCUCUAAUCACUCUCAUGAUUUACGUUAUCGAUGAGGACGGCAAGUUUGAUGCCGCCAUGACGAAGAUUCUACCAAGUUUAUACAAGGUGUCUCCCAACUUCCCAGUGAGAAUACACAAGAUUCUUUUGGUAUCGGAAACGGACUCCGGAAACGCAAUAGCGGUCGUCGUGGUCUCCUCUGUGGCCUUUAUUUGCUUACUUCUAUUAGCUGGCCUUCUGUUCAUAAUGAGAAAGAGGCAAACGAGAUUCAAUUACGGAGAACGGUGCCGGCCAGUAUCCUUGGACGCCUACAGCCUCGACAGCGUUUCGGCGUACAAUAGCGUAAGACGCAAAGGUGCGGUAAGAUCCUCUAAGAGAAGUUACGGCAACCCGACUUUUGAAGAUUCGAGCGCCAUUCCCUCUCAUCCUCUCAACUUCGCCGGGCUUUCAUCUUUCUGUAACGACGUUAACGCAAUCAACGAGGAGUUCGCGGGCAUACCCCAGGUUUCGGCGAAGAUAGACGAGCUGCCCCCAGGAGCGGAGGUGAAGAAUAGAUACGCGAACGUGAUUCCGCUUCCGGAGACGAGGGUGCCGUUACAGAGACUGAACAAUGACGUCUUAACCGAAUACAUUAAUGCUAGUUACGUGCGGGGACCUAAAAACGCCACAAAGUAUUAUAUCGCGUGCCAAGCGCCAAUAGAGUCGACCGUUACCGACUUUUGGCGGAUGAUUUGGGAGCAGCAGUCCAAAGUAAUUAUCAUGCUGACCGAUCUCGUCGAAAAUGAAGUGGAAAAGUGUACGGAAUACAUUCCACCUUCAGAGAUAACAGACUGUCAUCGACUUUACGGUGAUUUCCAAGUCACUCUGAAAAAGCGAGAAACCAAGGAGAAAUACGCUAUCUCUACACUUCACCUUAAGAACCUGGAGAACAAUACGUUUCGAGAAGUAUUCCACAUCUGGUACCUAUGGCCAGUGAGUGGCGUCCAAUCAGACGGUACAGGCCUAAUAGCGGUGCUCCUCGAGGCGAGAGCACUCCAGAGAGGUGGUCCCGGGCCCAUCGUGGUUCAUUGUAGUCCUGGCACAGGACGCACUGGCACGCUAAUAGCCCUUGACCUAGGAAUUAGACAAUAUGAAAUUACGAGGACUGUGGAUGUGCCGAGGGUCGUUUACACUAUCAGGAGAGAUCGGGCUGGCGCAGUUCAGACCAAGGAGCAAUAUGCUUUUAUAUACAAGGCACUAAACUUGUACGCGACAAAACUCGCCGGCGGUGUGCUGGAAUCAACGUGAAGCAGAAAUUCUGAAGAUUUGCGAAAACAAACGUCAGUUGACGAGAGCUAUUUGGUUAGCGAACCAAAGUAGACAGUAGAAUGUAAGUGAAAUCGGAAGGAACCUUUAUCCAAAAAGGUUUUUGUAUGGAUGGAUGAGUAAGCUAUUGACUGAAGAAGACAAACUACGAAGUUGCCAAAUGUUGUUUGAUUUAAGGAGAUAUUCUAAUAUCUUCAAGAAAAAAGAAGAAACUUUGUCGAAACUGACAGACAAAAUGGUGAUUACGAAAUAAAUAUAAAACAGGGUGGAUGUGUAUUUUGUUAGAAUGGCUGAAUGUUACGUAAUGAUAUGUGAGAUGAUAUGUGCAGAUUUGUUGGAAAAACUAAACGUUACCUACAGCGUGAAAUUAAUUUGUGAUAUGUGAACUCUUAGAUUACUUGUAAGUUUACUGAUAUUGACGCAAUUUAUUUCACUGCUGAUUUGUGGCUUUGUCAGUAUAGAAUUUUAGGUAUUCCCAAACUUCUUCCUUUUUUUUCCAGAAGAGAAGUUUUUGCUAUUCUUUUAAAUUUG